AUGCCGUUGUUGGACACGCUCAAAUCACCCCACAGCAGCAUUCGAUUAGUAAAUGAAAAACUAAAAACUGGGUCCAACCCCAGGAAGGAACAACAACAACAAUUAUAUGGAAAAGAAACGACAAAUUUUUUAUCGAAAAAAAGAUUAUUCCCGACGUUUGAUGAUGAAAUGUUGGAAAGUUCAAAAGUUAAAACUCCGACGACGACGACGACGACGACGACAAUCCACGAAACGACUUUAACGAAAAAAUUUGAAAAAACAUUUUUCAAACCACAGGAUUAUGAUGAUUACGAUAAUGAUGAUGAUAUAUCGAACAUGGACGAUAUCGAUAAAAAGGCGAGACGGAAAUAUUACGAAGGUGAGGAAAGCUUUUCCGAACUCGAUCCGAGUAAACAUUCGAAAUAUUUACAAGAGGACGAUUCUCAAGAUUCUACAAGGUCACAAAUCGCUUCGGAUGACGGAAGCGACGUAGAAGAUUUUCUCGGUAAGGAUGAUGAGGAUGUAAAAGAAGAAAAAAUAACGAUUGUUAAACAACACGAACGGAUCGAUGAACCGGACGAAUUGAAAUUUUCAAAAAUUAUUUCACCCGAAGAGGAAAAAGGAGUCAAGGAUUCGAAACAUUCGGAAAACGUUAAAAUCGUUUACGAAACGUUGAUAAAAAGCGACGUGGAAAAAGAUAAGAAAGAAGUUGAUGAUAAUAAGGAAAAAACGAUGGAAAAGGUACGGAAAAUCUCGGAUAAAACACCCGACGAUGGUAGUGUUGGAUAUGUGAAAACAAGUUUGGAUACGUACAAGGAACCUCCUCAGGAUAAACCAACGGUCGAGAUGGUGAUUGGGAAAAAAGAAAUCACGACGGAAAAUGGAAAAGCAACGACGGAAAGUCGAUUGACCGUUUACGGUGAUAAAGAUUUAGAUAUAUCGAUAACGUCACAGAGUCACAUGACGCUGAUAACUCGUGACGAUUCCGGAAAGGAAACUUCGAAUAAAGUCGACGUUGGAAUAACUUCGACGAUUAAAUCUCCUAAAAAAGCGUUUGAUAAAACUGCGAAAAAAACAUUUGACGCGUAUAUAAUACCGCCGGAAGAACAAAAAUUCGACAAAAAGAAAGAAGACACGGUCAUAUUUAGUACGAAACGAAGCGUUUACCAUUACGACACUCGCGGAAGCACGGCGAGCUCGGUCUGCGAUUCGCCAAUGACGGAAGAAAGCGCAUCGCAUUACGUAACGGAUACGGGCAUAAGUUUAACGAGAGGAACGAUAACCGAAAGCUCCACACACAAACCCGAAGAAAAAGAACUUCCCACAAAACCGUGCACCGAUACGGCUUUCGAUGGCGAAGCAGAAGAAUUGGAAUUGACGGAUGCGGGUUUGAGUCCAAUAUUAGCCGAUGAAGUCAAUCAACUUUACACCGAGCCAACUUACGAAGACACUCAAUUCCAAGAUACCGCGAGCAGUCCGAUCGAUGUUUCCGCCGCAAUUGAUUCCACAAGCGUUGCUACAAGUCCUCUACCGUUAGAAACAUCGGAAACCGGAGUCGAAACCGAAUCCGUUUUUAAAAUAGAUGCGAGUAUCAGCCCAGUAAAAGAUGAAUUUAUAAACAUCAAGGAAAAAUUUUAUGAAUUGCAAACGACCAAAACGAUUCCGACAGGAAAAGAAGUCAAAGAAACCAUAACUUCCACUAGAAUAAUAAGUGAAAAACAUUUCGACGAUAAGAAACAAACUCCUCCCGAUGUGACCUCUCCUAGAGGUUCGGAUGUCAAAGCAUUGGUUCGACUUUUAGAAGAAAAACAGGAAAUAGCAUCUGACAAAGAUUCGAAGAAAACAGGAAUUGUUUAUUUAUGUUCGGGAGAAGAAGUCAGCGAAACGUGCAGCAAAAAACACGUGAAAGAUUUAACCGACGAUGAUUUAAUCGAUGAAAAAUCGGAUAAAACGAAACAUCCGAAAAAAACAGUUGUUGAAGUUGUGAAAACAUUUUCAGUUGAUGAAGACGUAACGACAACAACGACUACAUCAUCAACAACAACAACAGCAACAACAGUAACAUCGACAACUCCUAAACACGGAAAAUCAACACCGACGCAUACGGCCAAACAAAUAGGACCGAAAAUAAAAGAAUUACAAAAAAUAUUCACGCAAUCCGGAGAAAGCGAUUUGGAGGAUGACUUUUCAAAAGAUGAUUUUAAAACAACCGACGGUGGUAAACCGGAAAAAUCGGACAUAAGUUCGAUUAUAGGUGCGGAAAUGGAAGUUCAACAAUAUCCGAAAAUAUCUGAAUUCAUUGAAACAAUCGAAAAACGUAUAGCCACUCAAAAAGAUGAUGGAAAACCAAAAACGAAAUUCGAAAGGGAACAAUUUGAAUCGGUAACGGUGAAAAGUGCCAUAGUCGAAAAGAAACUAACGGAAGUUUUAGAAACUCGUAAAAAAAUUGUCGAUGAAACGACUAGGGAUGCUAAAACGAAAACGAUAAUUACUAAGAAAGAAUUCGAUACAACACACGAUGGAGUUAUAACAUCAAAAAUUAUUGAAAGAGACAAGGAUGCAGUAAAAGAAGAAGAAGAGGAAGACAAAGAAAUCGGUAAAAAAGAAAAACCAAAAGAAGAAAUCGAUGAAGUUAAAAUAAAAAAAGAAAAGAAAACGAUUGAAAUUAAAGAAGAAGAAAAAGAUGAUAAAAUAAAAAUCAAAGAAAUUAAAAUGACGGAUAGAAGGGAAAAAUUCGAUGACGUAAAACCGACGACAACUACAUUGAAAAUCGUUGAACAAACGAUUCGAAAAUCAGAAGAACCGUUAAAAGUUAUUUCUCCUCCCUACACCGACGACGAUAACAUUGAUAAACAUAAAACUAAAAAAGAAUUAAAAUUAAAAGACGAUUUGGCAGCCACGUACGUCGAAGAAUUGAUAACCGAAAUUCAAGAUGCUACGAGACAAAUAAAACAAGACGUCAAACAAUUAAAACCGGAUUUAACUCCUACGCCGGAAGGUACCGACAGAUUGUUUGCAUCUCCCGAAACGAUGCAAUACGUCGAAGCUUUGGAAAAAAUCGUUGAAGAAACAAAUGGAAAAAGUCAAAAAACCGAACAACUUCCUUCAGCCGUCGACAAAGAUGACGAUGAAUCGAGACAAGUUGAAAAACCGAUAAAAAUUUUAGAUUCCUCCGUGGUGAGCCGUGAACAAGAAGAAUUUACGAAACUCACCGAACCUGAAAUUACAAAAGACGAACCGAAAAUUCAUGAAGAGUUGGAAGGAAAAAAAGAUUCGCCAGAAUUACCCGAUACAAAAACUGGAAAAGAGACAAAAGAUGACGAAAUGAAGGACAAAGAAACAAAAAAAGAACUUAUGCCCGAAACAAAGAUAAAAGAAAUCGACGGAGAAAAACCGGACGGUGUUGAAAAAGACAGGAAAGAUUUAGUGGGAAAAGAAAAGCAGGAUGAAGAUUCGGAAAAAGACGAAGACGAAAAGGACGUGACAUUAGAAAAAACAUCAUUGCCAGAAUCACACGUAGAAGAUGAAAUUUUCGACGUGCCCGAAAAGAAAAAAUCGAGCAUUGUAGUUAUUAAAAUUGAAGACAAUCCGGAUGCUGAAACGGAAGAAGAAGUUUCCGAAGAUGAUUACGUUCCUAUAUUGACACCGAUAAACGAGGAAAGUCUCAGCGAUGAAAAAUUAGAUUACGACGUCGAAGACAAAAGCGAACAUGAAAAAUUAGCGGAAAAAGUAGAAGAAUUAAGUAAAAUGAAUAUAUACGCGCAAAUAACGGAUCGAUUUGUACCAAAGACGGAUGAUGAUGAAGAACCGAAAGAUGAUAAGACGGCAACGGAAAUAUUAUUACAAGAAGAAAAAAUAUCGACCGAACAUGUUUUGACAUCCGAAAAAUCAAAGACAACAACAACAACCAUCGACGAUGCUAAAAAAGAUGUUAAAAACAUUGUGAAAAAAUUUUUAGAAGAAGAAACCGUGUCACGAGAACAUGAAACGGAAACGAUAAUAACCGUUAUUAAAAAAGAAACUCAAACGAUUCAGGAAGGAAAAACUCUCGUCGAAUCACCGGAAGAACAAAUAUCCCUGCAAUCGAGAACAAUUAAAGUUAUAUCGUUCGAGGAAUCGUCACCGGACGAACCAGUACCGGAAAUUAAAUACACCGUUGUUAAAUUAGAAACGGAAAUUCCUUCGAAGGACGAAGACGUAAGCCCAGAAAAACCUCCUCUCUUAAAAUACGUCGUACGAAUCGACAGCAAAGCAUCUCAGGAUGGUGACGAUGACGAAAAGGAACCCUAUGAUUUGGAAAUAAAAGACAAACAAGAAUCCGACGAUGAAAAAAUAAAAACGGUCGAUCAUAAAAUUGAUCACGUGACAAAAGAGAAAGAAGAAGAAGAAGAAGAAAAAAAAGAAAAAAUUGAUGAUGAAAGUUUGUCCGAAGAAGAUCGUAAAAACAAAUUCAAAGUUAUUUUAAAACCAUCCGAAGACCUCGAAUCUCCCGAAUAUCAAUACGUCAUUAAAAUAAAAGAUAGAAAAUCAAUCGAUGAAACACAAUCGGACGAAAAAGAAGAUGAAGAAAAAGAAACUGUCGUUAAAAAAGAAGAAAAAGAAGAAGAAGAUGUUGAAAAAAUUAAAGAAUCGAAAUAUAUCGUGAAACUCGACGUACGUGAAACAAAAUCAGAUUCCGACGAAGAAGUAAGAAAACCGGAAAUAAGUGAAAUCGAUUAUAAAUACGUUGUAAAAUUAAAACAAAAAGAAUCGGAAACGGAAGAUGCGGAUUCAACGGAUAAAAGUUCACCCGAAAGUGACGAAAUCAAACGUACGAGAAAAACUUUUGAAAAAGAAAUAAAAUCUUCUAGAAAAUUCGACGACGACGACGACGACGAAACCGUACAAGAAAAAGAUAUUGAAAUAAAACGCGUUGAAAUUGAAAAAAUAGAUGAAAGUCCGUUAAAAUUAAAAACGAUUUUGAUAAAAGAUGAAAAAAUUGAUGAUGAAAAAGAGCCGAUAACCGACGAAGUCAUUUCCGUUGUUAAAGUAAAAGAAAGUUUAACAGCGCCUAAAAUACUUAAAAAAGCCGUUGAUAUUUUUGACGAUGACGAUGACGUCGACACUACCCUAAAACCAGAUAAGUCAACCAAAGAAAUCGUAAUCCUGACAGACAAAGACGACAAAGACGACGACAGUAAAAAAGAAAUCGAUGAAAUUACCGACAAAAUCAAAAUUAAAAAACCCGGAGAAAUUGAUAUUUUCCCCACAAACAUUUUAUCCCCCGACGUACAACCGACACCGGUAAAAGAUGGAAUCGAAAUAAUUAUGAAAAAAUCAGAUGAUAAUUACACGUCGGAAACCGGAAGUCAACCUUUAAAAUCGACCGACGAUGAUCUCGUUAAAAAACUCGAAACCGUCAUAAUACACGACGAAUCCGAAAUGGAAAAUUACAAAUACGAAAUAAAAGAAGAAAAUUUGAAAAAAAUGGUCAUAAUUAAACCAGGAGAUUUGGAUAUAUUUCCUCCGAAAGAAAAAGAUGGCGAUAAAAAACCGACUCCUCGUGAAUCUCCACCGGAAGUGGAAGACGAAAAAGUUAUCGAAACGAUAAAAGAUCAAAUUUUACCAACCGACGACGGCGAUGAAAAAUCACGGAAACGAAAAAUGCCGAAAAUCGAAACGGUAUCAAAAGAUUUCAUACCGGAAACGGAAACAACAAUGAUGAUGACGACGCGUACUCAAUUCAAAGUCGAAUUGUCCGACAAACCCGAAACAGAAGAUUCGGAAAUGAAAAACGAAGAAUCGAAAAUUAAAAUAACUCGUGAAUUUAUCGAACGUGAAAAAUCAUCACCGUCGCCGACGGAAAAUGAUAAAAUCGAAGAGACUGUAAAUAUCAUUGAUAACGACAAGACUGAUGAUAGACAUUCCUCCUUACCCGAUGAAAAUGUUGAUAAAUUAAAAAAGACUGAAACAAGAGAAAAAGUUGAUUUUCCGUCUGUUAGUGAGACUGAUGUGACAAUUAAAAAGACUGAUGAUGUUAGGGAUAGAAAACAUGCCUUAAUAACAAACGAGAAUGAUGAGGAGACUGACAUUAUUGACAACGUAACGAGUCCGUCCAUGGAAUCAAAGGUGAUAACGACAGACAUCGAAGAAGUAAAAGUCGAAAGGAAAAAAAUCGCAGAUGUCAAAGCGGAAAAGAAAUCUCGGGAGUUUGAAAGUUUGAAACCUGAAAAAGAAGAUGAGUCAGAAAUGGAAGAAAAAGGCAAGAUGAUGAGACCCGAUCGAGUAUUGGAAAAACUAAAGCUGGAGAAAAAAUUAAAGGAAGAAAAAGAAGAUGAGAAAAAAUAUUUGAAAGAAAUAAAAGUGAUUGAAUAUAAAGAGACGGAUACGACGAAAGAAAGCAUCGAAGACGAAGAUGAUGAGAAGAAGACAAAAGAAAAACCAGAGGAUGAUGAUGAUAAAGAACCCUCAACAAAGCCGGGAUUUUUAUCCAGACUUUACCAAGGAGUGAAAGGUGCUAUCACUCCUGGAAAAACAAAAGUCACCGAAACGGAGGACGACGACGAUGAUACGAAAUUUGAAAAAACAAUUCAAGACACGACCAAAUUCAUACUGGAAGAGAGAAAAGAAUUCAAAUCUGAUGAUGAAUUCACGAAGGAAAAAGAAAAAGAAGAUGACGUCAAGAUUAAACCUCCCCGAGAUGAAAUUCCUGGAGAAGACGAAGGAAAAGAUGAUUCCAGACAAGAAAUGACGGAAUUUAAUAAAACUAUCGAAUUGAAAUUAGGUGAAGUUAUGGAAGCUAUGAUUCCUCUUAAAAAAUUAUUAUCUUCUGGUAGUGACGUCACCGAAAAAAUAAUUCCCGACGAUGAAGAAAAGGUAGAAGAAGAACGACGAAAAUCGUUACCGUUGACUGGAAACGUUCCAGACAAACUGGAACAAGUUUUAAUCAAGUUAAAAAAUUUAAGAGAAACCCUUUACAAAGGACAGGGUAAAGAAAUACCAUUUGAUUCUCUCGAAUCUUUUGAAACGAUGGAAAAAACCGUUAAGGAACAACCGGAAAAAACCGUUAAAGAACAACCGGAAAAAACCGUUGAAGAACAACCGGAUAUAAACGUAGCGGAAAAAAUGGAUGAUAAAUUAAAAGGCGUCAUGUCAGAAUUGUUAAAUUUAAAAGAAAUAUUAAAUUCGGUCGAGGAACAACUUUCUCCAGAGAAAUCAGAGGAAAUGAAAAAAUCUACAACGGAGGAUGACGAUGAUGAUGAUGAAAGAACGGAAACGGAAGAUUCGCUUAAAAUGGAUCAAGGACUAUCGGACAAGUUGAAGGAAAUCGUUGAGAUUUUAAAACCUCUUAAAGAAUUUUUAGAAAAUACGAAAAUGGAAAAAGGUGAUGACGACACCGAAGAAAAACUUGCGAGAGAAGAAUUUGAUUCGGAAAAAUUAAAAAUUAUAAAAGAACCACCGGCGGAAGAUAGCAAAUUCGAAAAAAUAAUUGAUGAUGAAAAGGAAAAAUUUACGGAGGAAAUAUUAGAAAAACAUCAACGGCAACCGGAAAAGGAAAUCGAAGAAAAAAUUGAUGAAUCCCCAAAGAUGUCGAAAGAAAUCGUGACCGAAAAAACAACCGAACAAAUAAUAAAAAAAUACGUCGUCAAAGAAGUUAUCAUCGAUGGCGAUGAUGAGGCAAAGAAAUUUACCGUGGAAAAAGAUGUACGAAAAGAUAAAUCACCGACGGAAGAUUUAGUCAGGGAUGAUGUUUUGGAAAAAAGAAAAGAAUCCACCGAAUCGAUCGAGUCGAAGACAAUAAUUACAGAAAGAGACGAUGAAGGAAAGGAAAUUGUGAGGAAAAUUGAAAAAAUACACAUUCACUUUCCGGAAGUACCCUCGAAACAAGAGAAAAUGGAUGAGAAAGCAGAAAAAAUUUCAAAAGUCGACAAACCUGAUAAAACAACCGUCAGAGGAAAAACUCCCGACGAAAAAUCAUCACCCAUCACGGAUGAGAUUGAUGAACGUUUACAAAAUCUAAGAAAAAUUGAAAAAAUUGAGUCCGGUAAAGAUGAACCGGAAACUGAUAAAAUAAAGAAAAUUGACAAGCCAAAAGAAUCCACAAUUGACACACCGACCGAAAAAGAACUUCAAAAAAGGUUAGAGAGUAUAAAAUCUUUAUCUUUUGAAAAAUAUGAUGACGCUACGGCAAUUUUGGAAAGCGACGAAGAAGAAGAAGAAGAAAUAAAAGACGUGUCGGACAAAAAAACAGAAAAACCCGAAGAAAAACGCGGAAAACCCGAGGAAAAAGAUGAAGACGGUGAAAAACCUAGUGAUAAGGAAGUAGAAAAAAGUCCUCCUGUUUCCGACGGGAAAAAACCCGAAGAAAGCGAAAAAGAAAAAAUUCCAGACAUGAAAACUCCAGAAUUUGAAGAUUAUUCCUACAAGAUAACGUUAUCAGACGAGGAAAUAAUUAAAACUCCAGAUGUUACUCAUGAUAAAAAAGAAGAAAGUCCUUCGGAUCAAGGAGGUGAUUCACCCGGUUUCUUCUCAAGGUUAUAUUACGGUGUAAAAGGAGCUCUCACUUCCGGAAAACGUCCCGAAUCGGAUAAAGACUAUAAAGAUGAUGAUGAUGAAGGUGAAGACACCAAACCGGAUAAACUUCAAAAAGAAACAUAUAAAGAAAAAUUAGAGGAAACUUCAAUUUUCGUACGAGAUAUGAAAACACCAGAAGAUUCGGACUCUGACUACGUCACAAUUUCUAAAAAAGUGGUUUAUGAAAUCAACGAAGAGUAUGUACAGGACAAAAAAGAUGAACCGGAAAGGAUCCUUGAUAAGAAAGAAAAACCGGAAAAGAAGAUCGAUAAAAAAGAUGAACCGGAAAGGAUCCACGAUAAUCAAGAUGAACCGGAAAGAAUCAUUGAUAAGAAAGAAGAACCUGAAAAGAUCCUUGAUAAAAAAGGUGAACCAGAAAAAUUCUUCGAUGAAAAAGAAGAACCGGAAAAGACCCUUGAUAAGAAGGAAGAACCGGAAAAGAAACCCGACAAAAAAGAUGAACCGGAAAAAAUCAUUGAUAAGAAAGAAGAACCUGAAAGGAUUCUUGAUAAGAAAGAAGAACCUGAAAGGAUCCUUGAUAAAAAAGAUGAACCGAAAAGGAACCUCGAUAAGGAAGAAAAACCUGAAAAGAAGGUAGAUAAAAAAGAUGAACUAGAAAAGAUCCUAGAUAUGAAAGAGGAACCGGAAAAGAAGAUCGUUAAAAAAGACGAACCAGAAAAAUUCUUUGAUGUAGAAGAAGAACCGGAAAAAACCUUCGAUAAAAAAGAAAAACCGGACAAGAUCCUAGAUAAGAAAGAAAAACCGGAAAAGAAACCUGACAAAAAAGAUGAAUUGGAAAGGAUCCUCGAUAAAAAAGAAGAACCGGAAAGGAUCCUCGAUAGGAAAGAUGAAUCUGAAAAGAAGCCCGAUAAAAAGGAAAGUGAUAAAACACCAAAAGUUGAUGAACCUAAGGAAAAAAUCACAACCGUUGAGAUAACAAAGGAAAUUAAAACAGAAAUAGACGAGUCAAUAAAAGAUGUGGUGAUACCCGAACAAAAAUUACCAGGCACAAAACCGGAUGAUAAAACAUCCCCGGACGAAUUAACAAAAGAAAAAUCCACAAAAUACGACGAUGAAAUAAUAACAACGAGAAAAACAAUAAAAACCGUUGAUGACUUUUUAAGACAAGAAAAACAAUUUAUCGAAAGACCCAUAAAAGAAAUAGAAAAAUCAAAACGUAAAGAAAUUCCAGAAAUCGUUUACGACGAAGUCAAAUCACCCGAAACGGAUGACGAAGAAAAAGAUUUUAAACCAAUUAUUGAAAGUACAUACACGGAAAAAAUAAAAUCCGAACCGGAAGAUGAUAAAACUCUGGAAAAAGAUGAUAAACUGGAAAAACAAAAACUUGAUGAUGACACGAUUCAUAAAGUCAAACAUGUAGAAGUGUUCAUUUCAGAAGAACGGGAUUCGCACGACAAACCAAAACUUUCUAAAAAAUCACCGGAAGAAAAAACACCACCGGAAACAGACGAACUUACCAAAACCGAUGAAAUAAUAGUAACAAAACAAAUUAAAAUCGGAAAAUUUGACGAUGAGAAAAUUUCGGAAAAGUUAAAAGAUUUACAACGAGACGAACCGGAUACCACAACCGACAAGAAACCGGAAACAACCCCUUUAAAACGCCGCGACAAAGAUACGUCAGAAGAAUCUUUGAAAACGUUUUUGGAGAGUGAAAAAGCAUUUUCCGACGCAGAAAAAAAAUCGAUUGAAAGUAAAACCGUACCAAAGAAAAUUCUAAAAGAGUCCGAAAUUGAAAAACCUUCGAAAGACUUCGUGACGCCAGAAAAAAGCCCAUCGGAAUCUCCCGAGGAUGAUAAGAAAAAAGGAAUCUCAAUGACAAAACUGGACACAACCGUGCAAAAAUAUAAGGAAUCAGAAGAAAAACCGGAAGAAAUAAAAAUAGGAAAAAUCGAUUCGAAAGAAAAACCAAAAGAAAAACUCAAAGACUCGCCAACGGAAAUACAAUCCGAGGAAGAACCAAGUAUCGUAUCGAAAGAAACAAAAGAAAAAGACGAAAAAGUUAAAAAACCUGAAGAUGAGGAAUCCGAGGUGGUAAAAACAAAAGAUUCAUACGUGGAUGAAAAACCUCCAAAAGAUGGGGAAAAGAAAUUGGAAAAACCUAAAACGUUACCUGGAAUCCUGAAAGUUUCGGAUUUGCAAAAAGACACGACCGCACAUUUACCGGAUAUGACAAGUCCAGACGAGAAAGAAUUUAAAAAAUCGGUACCGGAUGACGACAAAACGGGAUUCGUGGUUGUUAAAAAAUUAACUGUUUUACCAGACAUGAAAACACCUGAAGAAGAAAAAGAAAUUGAAAUAUUAUUCACGACUCAAAUUGAUGACGUAAAACACAAAAAAGACAAACCGGAUGUUGAUGAUAUUGAUGAUGAUGAAGUAAGUGAAAAGAGUGUAAAACCGGAACAGGAAGAACCGGGUUUCCUUUCCAGAUUAUAUCGCGGCGUUAAAGACGCAUUAAGUCCAUCGAAAAGAAAAGCUUCUGAAACGGAAGAUGAAAAAUCAGACGGUGAACAACAAUUCGUGAUAAGAGAUACGAAAGAGUCGGAUGAGUCAAAACCGGAAAUGAAAUCUCCUACGAGUACGUUGCCGACGGAAAAGGAACGUGAAAAAGAUGACGAGACAAUAAUUAAAUCAGUCCCUGCGAUUCCCGAUAUGAAAACUCCAGAAGAAGAGUUUAAACCAUUUAUAACGACGGUAAAAGAACCUCUUGAAGACAAACCUGAAGAACCUGAAGAACAAACAGACGAUAAAAAAACGAAAGAAAAAAUAGAAAAAGAUGAAAAGCAUGCAGACGACGAUGAUGACGUCAAAUCGAUCAAAACAAUCAAAGUGAUCGAUGAUGACAAGCUACCGGAAACUCCAAAAUCGAGAGAAAUCGAUUCGUAUCAAACCGUUUCGGUGCUCCCUGAGAAAAUAGCAAGAAUGAAAUUUGAUUUUAAUCAAACGAAAUCAUCCGUACCGGAUAUGAAAACACCAGAAGAAGAAUUUUAUGAAUUCCCUCAAACUUCCGUCGGGGAAAAAUCUCAUCAAACUGUAAAAGAAAUUUUAAAAGAUGAAAAAAUUAAAUUUAUCAGUGAGAGAAAACAAAAAUUUUCAGAUGAUAAAGAUUUGAAAAAAGAUGAUAGCGUUCGAGUCACAUCAAUACAAAUGAAAGAAAUACAUGAUAUGAAAAAGGGGCAUGAUGACGAUUUAGAACCACGCGAUACAUUCCAAAGUCGACAAAAAAUUACCGAAAAAACGACAGAAUUAUAUGACGAAACCUUUGACACUUCACUAACAGACGAAUCUAUAACUACAAAGACUAUAACAAUGCAGAGCAAAAAAAUAACGAAAGGAAUAAAAGAUGAAAAAAUAGUAGAACCCGAAAAAGACGAAUUGAAACACGAUAAAAUUGAUGACAUGCAUGAAAAUAUGGAAAUAAAACAUCAUGAAAAAAUUCAACUCCAAGAAACCAAAAAGGAUGAAAUUAUUGAAAACGAAAAAAUACAAAUAUCAUUAGAAGAAGAAAAAGAAAAUAAAACACCGGACGAAGAAAAAGACAAAACGCCUGGUUUUCUCUCAAGAAUAUACUACGGAGUAAAAGGAGCAUUGAGUCCAGGAACACAUCCGGUUAAAAGUAUGGAAAAACAAGAACCAAAAAGUAAAAAAGAAAAAACAAUUACUGAUAUACAAACUCCACCAGAACCAGAAUCACCAACAAAAGGCGAUAAAUUCAAACCUUUGACUGAUAUGAAAACACCAGAAGAACCUAAAUCGCCGUUAGGAGAGGACAAAUUAAAACAUUUGAAAGACAUGAAAUCACCGUCGGAACCGGAAUCACCAACUAAACGAGAUAAAUUGAAACCUUUGACUGAUAUGAAAUCUCCAGUAGAACCGGAAUCACCAACUAAACGGGAAAAAUUAAAACCUUUGACUGAUAUGAAAACUCCAGAUGAGCCUAAAUCGCCCGUAGGAGAGGACAAAUUAAAACCUUUGAAAGACUUGAAAUCUCCGUCGGAACCAGAAUUACCAACUAAACGGGACAAAUUGAAACCUUUGACUGAUAUGAAAACUCCUGAUGAACCGGAAUCACCAACAAAACGUGAUAAAUUAAAACAUUUGACUGAUAUGAAAUCUCCAACAGAACCGGAAUUACCAACAAAACGGGAUAAAUUAAAACCUUUGAAAGACAUGAAAUUACCGUCGGAACCGGAAUCACCAACAAAACGUGAUAAAUUGAAACCUUUGACUGAUAUGAAAUCUCCAGCAGAACCGGAAUCACCAACUAAACGGGAGAAAUUAAAACCUUUGACUGAUAUGAAAACUCCAGAUGAACCUAAAUCGCUAUUAAAAGAUGACAAACUAAAACCUUUGACUGAUUUGAAAACUCCAGCAGAACCGGAAUCACCAACUAAACGGGAUAAAUUGAAACCUUUGACUGAUAUGAAAUCUCCAGCAGAACCGGAAUCACCAACUAAACGUGAUAAAUUGAAACCUUUGACUGAUAUGAAAACACCAGAUGAACCUAAAUCGAUGUUAGGAGAGGACAAAAUAAAACCUUUGAAGGACAUGAAAUCUCCGUCGGAACCAGAAUCACCAACUAAACGGGACAAAUUGAAACCUUUGACUGAUAUGAAAACUCCUGAUGAACAUAAAUCGCCCUUAGGAGAUGACAAAUUGAAACCUUUGACUGAUAUGAAAACUCCAGAUGAACCAGAAUCACCAACUAAACGGGACAAAUUGAAACCUUUGACUGAUAUGAAAUCUCCAGCAGAACCGGAAUCACCAACUAAACGGGACAAAUUGAAACCUUUGACUGAUAUGAAAACUCCAGAUGAACCAGAAUCACCAACUAAACGUGAUAAAUUGAAACCUUUGACUGAUAUGAAAACACCAGAUGAACCUAAAUCGAUGUUAGGAGAGGACAAAAUAAAACCUUUGAAAGACUUGAAAUCUCCAGCAGAACCAGAAUCACCAACUAAACGGGACAAAUUGAAACCUUUGACUGAUAUGAAAACUCCUGAUGAACAUAAAUCGCCCUUAGGAGAGGACAAUUUAAAACCUUUGAAAGAUUUGAAAACUCCAGCAGAACCGGAAUCACCAACAAAACGUGAUAAAUUAAAACCUUUGACUGUCAUGAAAUCUCCAGCAGAACCAGAAACACCAACUAAACGUGAUAAAUUGAAACCUUUGACUGAUAUGAAAACUCCUGAUGAACUUAAAUUGCCGUUAGGAGAGGACAAAUUAAAACCUUUGAAAGACAUGAAAUCUCCAGCAGAACCGGAAUCACCAACAAAACGUGAUAAAUUAAAACCUUUGACUGAUAUGAAAUCUCCAGCAGAACCGGAAUCACCAACUAAACGGGACAAAUUGAAACCUUUGACUGAUAUGAAAACUCCUGAUGAACCUAAAUCGAUGUUAGGAGAGGACAAAAUAAAACCUUUGAAAGACUUGAAAUCUCCAGCAGAACCGGAAUCACCAACAAAACGUGAUAAAUUAAAACCUUUGACUGAUAUGAAAACUCCUGAUGAACAUAAAUCGCCCUUAGGAGAUGACAAAUUGAAACCUUUGACUGAUAUGAAAACUCCAGAUGAACCAGAAUCACCAACUAAGCGGGACAAAUUGAAACCUUUGACUGAUAUGAAAUCUCCAGAUGAGCCUAAAUCGCCCGUAGGAGAGGACAAAUUGAAACCUUUGACUGAUAUGAAAACUCCAGAUGAACCAGAAUCACCAACUAAACGGGACAAAUUGAAACCUUUGACUGAUAUGAAAACUCCAGAUGAACCUAAAUCGCCCUUAGGAGAGGACAAAAUAAAACCUUUGACUGAUAUGAAAACUCCAGAUGAACCUAAAUUGCUAUUAAAAGAAGACAAAUUAAAACCUGUGAAAGACUUGAAAUCUCCAGCAGAACCAGAAUCACCAACUAAACGGGACAAAAUAAAAACUUUGACUGAUAUGAAAUCUCCAGAUGAACCGGAAUCACGAUCAGAACCGGAAUCACCAACUAAACGGGACAAAAUAAAACCUUUGACUGAUAUGAAAACUCCAGAUGAACCUAAAUCGCCCUUAGGAGAGGAAAAAUUAAAACCUUUGACUGAUAUGAAAACUCCAGAUGAACCUAAAUCGCCCUUAGGAAAGGAAAAAUUAAAACCUUUGACUGAUAUGAAAACUCCAGAUGAACCUAAAUCGCCCUUAGGAGAGGACAAAAUAAAACCUUUGACUGAUAUGAAAACUCUAGCAGAACCGGAAUCGAUUUUAGGAGAGGACAAAUUGAAACCUUUGAAAGACACGAAAUCUCCGGCGGAACCGGAAUCACCAACUAAACGGGAUAAAUUAAAACCUUUGACUGAUAUGAAAACUCCAGAUGAACCUAAAUCGCCAUUAAAAGAUGACAAAAUAAAACCUUUGACUGAUAUGAAAACUCCAGCAGAACCGGAAUCACCAACUAAACGGGACAAAUUAAAACCUUUGACUGAUAUGAAAACUCCAGAUGAACCAGAAUCACCAACUAAACGGGACAAAUUGAAACCUUUGACUGAUAUGAAAUCUCCAGCAGAACCGGAAUCACCAACUAAACGGGAUAAAUUGAAACCUUUGACUGAUAUGAAAUCUCCGUCGGAACCAGAAUCACCAACUAAACGGGACAAAUUGAAACCUUUGACUGAUAUGAAAACUCCUGAUGAACCUAAAUCGAUGUUAGGAGAGGACAAAAUAAAACCUUUGAAAGAUUUGAAAACUCCAGCAGAACCGGAAUCACCAACAAAACGGGACAAAUUGAAACCUUUGACUGUCAUGAAAUCUCCAGCAGAACCAGAAACACCAACUAAACGUGAUAAAUUGAAACCUUUGACUGAUAUGAAAACACCAGAUGAACCUAAAUCGAUGUUAGGAGAGGACAAAAUAAAACCUUUGACUGACAUGAAAUCUCCAGCAGAACCGGAAUCACCAACUAAACGGGAUAAAUUGAAACCUUUGACUGAUAUGAAAACUCCAGAUGAACCAGAAUCACCAACUAAACGGGACAAAUUGAAACCUUUGACUGAUAUGAAAUCUCCAGAUGAGCCUAAAUCGCCCGUAGGAGAGGACAAAUUAAAACCUUUGAAAGACUUGAAAUCUCCGUCGGAAUCAGAAUUACCAACUAAACGGGACAAAUUGAAACCUUUGACUGAUAUGAAAACUCCUGAUGAACUUAAAUUGCCGUUAGGAGAGGACAAAUUAAAACCUUUGAAAGACAUGAAAUCUCCAGCAGAACCGGAAUCACCAACAAAACGUGAUAAAUUAAAACCUUUGACUGAUAUGAAAACUCCAGAUGAACCAGAAUCACCAACUAAACGGGACAAAUUGAAACCUUUGACUGAUAUGAAAACUCCAGAUGAACGUAAAUCGCUAUUAAAAGAUGACAAACUAAAACCUUUGACUGAUUUGAAAACUGCAGCAGAACCGGAAUCACCAACUAAACGGGAUAAAUUGAAACCUUUGACUGAUAUGAAAUCUCCGUCGGAACCAGAAUCACCAACUAAGCGGGACAAAUUGAAACCUUUGACUGUCAUGAAAUCUCCAGCAGAACCAGAAACACCAACUAAACGUGAUAAAUUGAAACCUUUGACUGAUAUGAAAACACCAGAUGAACCUAAAUCGAUGUUAGGAGAGGACAAAAUAAAACCUUUGACUGACAUGAAAUCUCCAGCAGAACCGGAAUCACCAACUAAACGGGAUAAAUUGAAAACUUUGACUGAUAUGAAAUCUCCAGCAGAACCGGAAUCACCAACUAAGCGGGAUAAAUUGAAACCUUUGACUGAUAUGAAAUCUCCGUCGGAACCAGAAUCACCAACUAAGCGGGACAAAUUGAAACCUUUGACUGAUAUGAAAACUCCUGAUGAACCUAAAUCGAUGUUAGGAGAGGACAAAAUAAAACCUUUGAAAGACUUGAAAUCUCCAGCAGAACCAGAAUCACCAACUAAACGGGAUAAAUUGAAACUUUUGACUGAUAUGAAAACACCAGAUGAACCUAAAUCGAUGUUAGGAGAGGACAAAAUAAAACCUUUGAAAGACAUGAAAUCUCUGUCGGAACCGGAAUCACCAACUAAACGUGAUAAAUUGAAACCUUUGACUGAUAUGAAAUCUCCAGCAGAACCGGAAUCACCAACUAAACGGGAGAAAUUAAAACCUUUGACUGAUAUGAAAACUCCAGAUGAACCUAAAUCGCUAUUAAAAGAUGACAAACUAAAACCUUUGACUGAUUUGAAAACUCCAGCAGAACCGGAAUCACCAACUAAACGGGAUAAAUUGAAACCUUUGACUGAUAUGAAAUCUCCGUCGGAACCAGAAUCACCAACUAAACGGGACAAAUUGAAACCUUUGACUGAUAUGAAAACUCCUGAUGAACCCAAAUCGCCCUUAGGAGAGGACAAUUUAAAACCUUUGAAAGAUUUGAAAACUCCAGCAGAACCGGAAUCACCAACAAAACGUGAUAAAUUAAAACCUUUGACUGAUAUGAAAACACCAGAUGAACCUAAAUCGAUGUUAGGAGAGGACAAAUUAAAACCUUUGAAAGACUUGAAAUCUCCAGCAGAACCGGAAUCACCAACUAAACGGGAUAAAUUGAAAACUUUGACUGAUAUAAAAACUCCAGAUGGACCUAAAUCGCCCUUAGGAGAGGACAAUUUAAAACCUUUGAAAGAUUUGAAAACUCCAGCAGAACCGGAAUCACCAACAAAACGUGAUAAAUUAAAACCUUUGACUGAUAUGAAAACUCCAGAUGAACCAAAAUCACCAACUAAACGGGACAAAUUGAAACCUUUGACUGAUAUGAAAACUCCUGAUGAACCCAAAUCGCCCUUAGGAGAGGACAAAAUAAAACCUUUGAAAGAUUUGAAAACUCCAGCAGAACCGGAAUCACCAACAAAACGUGAUAAAUUAAAACCUUUGACUGAUAUGAAAACUCCAGAUGAACCUAAAUCGCUAUUAAAAGACGACAAAUUAAAACCUUUGAAAGAUUUGAAAACUCCAAAUGAACCAGAAUCACCAACUAAACGGGAUAAAUUGAAACCUUUGACUGAUAUGAAAACUCCAGAUGAACCUAAAUCGCUAUUAAAAGACGACAAAUUAAAACCUUUGACUGAUAUGAAAACUCCAGAUGAACCAGAAUCACCAACUAAACGGGAUAAAUUAAAACCUUUGACUGAUAUGAAAACUCCAGAUGAACCAGAAUCACCAACUAAACGGGAUAAAUUAAAACCUUUGACUGAUAUGAAAUCUCCAGCAGAACCGGUAUCACCAACAAAACGUGAUAAAUUAAAACCUUUGACUGAUAUGAAAACACCAGAUGAGCCUAAAUCGAUGUUAGGAGAGUACAAAAUAAAACCUUUGAAAGAUAUGAAAUCACCGUCGGAACCAGAAUCACCAACAAAAGGCGAUAAAUUAAAACCUUUGACUCACAUGAAAUUACCGUCGGAACCGGAAUCACCAACUAAACGGGACAAAAUAAAACCUUUGACUGAUAUGAAAACACCAGCAGAACCGGAAUCACCAACAAAACGUGAUAAAUUAAAACCUUUGACUGAUAUGAAAACUCCAGAUGAACCUAAAUCGCUAUUAAAAGACGACAAAUUAAAACCUUUGACUGAUAUGAAAACUCCAGAUGAACCGGAAUCACCAACUAAACGGGAUAAAUUGAAACCUUUGACUGAUAUGAAAUCUCCGUCGGAACCAGAAUCACCAACUAAACGGGACAAAUUGAAACCUUUGACUGAUAUGAAAACUCCUGAUGAACCUAAAUCGAUGUUAGGAGAGGACAAAAUAAAACCUUUGAAAGACUUGAAAUCUCCAGCAGAACCAGAAUCACCAACUAAACGGGACAAAUUGAAACCUUUGACUGAUAUGAAAUCUCCAGCAGAACCGGAAUCACCAACUAAACGCGAUAAAUUGAAACCUUUGACUGAUAUGAAAUCUCCGUUUCAACCAGAAUCACCAACUAAACGGGACAAAUUGAAACCUUUGACUGAUAUGAAAACACCAGAUGAACCUAAAUCGAUGUUAGGAGAGGACAAAAUAAAACCUUUGAAAGACAUGAAAUCUCCGUCGGAACCGGAAUCACCAACUAAACGCGAUAAAUUGAAACCUUUGACUGAUAUGACAUCUCCGUCGGAACCAGAAUCACCAACUAAGCGGGACAAAUUGAAACCUUUGACUAAUAUGAAAUCUCCAGCAGAACCGGAAUCACCAACUAAACGGGAUAAAUUGAAACCUUUGACUGAUAUGAAAUCUCCGUCGGAACCAGAAUCACCAACUAAACGGGACAAAUUGAAACCUUUGACUGAUAUGAAAACUCCUGAUGAACCUAAAUCGAUGUUAGGAGAGGACAAAAUAAAACCUUUGAAAGACUUGAAAUCUCCAGCAGAACCAGAAUCACCAACUAAACGGGACAAAUUGAAACCUUUGACUGAUAUGAAAUCUCCAGCAGAACCGGAAUCACCAACUAAACGCGAUAAAUUGAAACCUUUGACUGAUAUGAAAUCUCCGUCGGAACCAGAAUCACCAACUAAACGGGACAAAUUGAAACCUUUGACUGAUAUGAAAACUCCUGAUGAACCUAAAUCGAUGUUAGGAGAGGACAAAAUAAAACCUUUGAAAGACAUGAAAUCUCCGUCGGAACCAGAAUCACCAACUAAACGGGAUAAAUUGAAACCUUUGACUGAUAUGAAAUCUCCAGCAGAACCGGAAUCACCAACUAAACGUGAUAAAUUGAAACCUUUGACUGAUAUGAAAACACCAGAUGAACCUAAAUCGAUGUUAGGAGAGGACAAAAUAAAACCUUUGAAAGACAUGAAAUCUCCAGCAGAACCAGAAUCACCAACUAAACGGGACAAAUUGAAACCUUUGACUGAUAUGAAAACUCCUGAUGAACCUAAAUCGCCGUUAGGAGAGGACAAAAUAAAACCUUUGAAAGACAUGAAAUCUCCGUCGGAACCAGAAUCACCAACAAAACGUGAUAAAUUAAAACCUUUGACUGAUAUGAAAUCUCCAGCAGAACCGGAAUCACCAACAAAACGUGAUAAAUUAAAACCUUUGAAAGAUUUGAAAACUCCAGCAGAACCGGAAUCACCAACAAAACGUGAUAAAUUAAAACCUUUGACUGAUAUGAAAACUCCAGAUGAACCAGAAUCACCAACUAAACGGGACAAAUUGAAACCUUUGACUGAUAUGAAAACUCCUGAUGAACCCAAAUCGCCCUUAGGAGAGGACAAAUUAAAACCUUUGAAAGACUUGAAAUCUCCGUCGGAAUCAGAAUUACCAACUAAACGGGACAAAUUGAAACCUUUGACUGAUAUGAAAACUCCUGAUGAACUUAAAUUGCCGUUAGGAGAGGACAAAUUAAAACCUUUGAAAGACAUGAAAUCUCCAGCAGAACCGGAAUCACCAACAAAACGUGAUAAAUUAAAACCUUUGACUGAUAUGAAAACUCCAGAUGAACCAGAAUCACCAACUAAACGGGACAAAUUGAAACCUUUGACUGAUAUGAAAACACCAGAUGAACCUAAAUCGAUGUUAGGAGAGGACAAAAUAAAACCUUUGAAGGACAUGAAAUCUCCGUCGGAACCAGAAUCACCAACUAAACGGGACAAAUUAAAACCUUUGACUGAUAUGAAAUCUCCAGCAGAACCGGAAUCACCAACUAAACGGGACAAAUUGAAACCUUUGACUGAUAUGAAAACUCCUGAUGAACCCAAAUCGCCCUUAGGAGAGGACAAUUUAAAACCUUUGAAAGAUUUGAAAACUCCAGCAGAACCGGAAUCACCAACAAAACGUGAUAAAUUAAAACCUUUGACUGAUAUGAAAUCUCCAGCAGAACCGGAAUCACCAACUAAACGGGAGAAAUUAAAACCUUUGACUGAUAUGAAAACUCCAGAUGAACGUAAAUCGCUAUUAAAAGAUGACAAACUAAAACCUUUGACUGAUUUGAAAACUCCAGCAGAACCGGAAACACCAACUAAACGUGAUAAAUUGAAACCUUUGACUGAUAUGAAAUCUCCGUCGGAACCAGAAUCACCAACUAAGCGGGACAAAUUGAAACCUUUGACUGAUAUGAAAACUCCAGAUGAACCAGAAUCACCAACUAAACGGGACAAAUUGAAACCUUUGACUGAUAUGAAAACUCCAGAUGAACCUAAAUCGAUGUUAGGAGAGGACAAAAUAAAACCUUUGAAAGACUUGAAAUCUCCAGCAGAACCAGAAUCACCAACUAAACGGGAUAAAUUAAAACCUUUGACUGAUAUGAAAACUCCAGAUGAACCUAAAUCGAUGUUAGGAGAGGACAAAAUAAAACCUUUGAAAGACAUGAAAUCUCCGUCGGAACCGGAAUCACCAACUAAACGGGAUAAAUUGAAACCUUUGACUGAUAUGAAAACUCCAGAUGAACCGGAAUCACCAACUAAACGGGACAAAUUAAAACCUUUGACUGAUAUGAAAACUCCAGAUGAACCUAAAUCGAUGUUAGGAGAGGACAAAAUAAAACCUUUGACUGACAUGAAAUCUCCAGCAGAACCGGAAUCACCAACUAAACGGGAUAAAUUGAAACCUUUGACUGAUAUGAAAACUCCAGAUGGACCUAAAUCGCCCUUAGGAGAGGACAAUUUAAAACCUUUGAAAGAUUUGAAAACUCCAGCAGAACCGGAAUCACCAACAAAACGUGAUAAAUUAAAACCUUUGACUGAUAUGAAAACACCAGAUGAACCUAAAUCGAUGUUAGGAGAGGACAAAAUAAAACCUUUGAAGGACAUGAAAUCUCCGUCGGAACCAGAAUUACCAACUAAACGGGACAAAUUAAAACCUUUGACUGAUAUGAAAUCUCCAGCAGAAGCGGAAUCACCAACUAAACGUGAUAAAUUGAAACCUUUGACUGAUAUGAAAACACCAGAUGAACCUAAAUCGAUGUUAGGAGAGGACAAAAUAAAACCUUUGAAGGACAUGAAAUCUCCGUCGGAACCAGAAUCACCAACUAAACGGGACAAAUUGAAACCUUUGACUGAUAUGAAAACUCCUGAUGAACCCAAAUCGCCCUUAGGAGAGGACAAAUUAAAACCUUUGAAAGAUUUGAAAACUCCAGCAGAACCGGAAUCACCAACAAAACGUGAUAAAUUAAAACCUUUGACUGAUAUGAAAUCUCCAGCAGAACCGGAAUCACCAACUAAACGGGACAAAUUGAAACCUUUGACUGAUAUGAAAACUCCUGAUGAACCUAAAUCGAUGUUAGGAGAGGACAAAAUAAAACCUUUGAAGGACAUGAAAUCUCCGUCGGAACCAGAAUUACCAACUAAACGGGACAAAUUGAAACCUUUGACUGAUAUGAAAACUCCUGAUGAACAUAAAUCGCCCUUAGGAGAGGACAAAUUGAAAACUUUGACUGAUAUGAAAACUCCAGAUGAACCAGAAUCACCAACUAAACGGGACAAAUUGAAACCUUUGACUGAUAUGAAAUCUCCAGCAGAACCAGAAUCACCAACUAAACGUGAUAAAUUGAAACCUUUGACUGAUAUGAAAACUCCUGAUGAACUUAAAUUGCCGUUAGGAGAGGACAAAUUAAAACCUUUGAAAGACAUGAAAUCUCCAGCAGAACCGGAAUCACCAACAAAACGUGAUAAAUUAAAACCUUUGACUGAUAUGAAAUCUCCAGCAGAACCGGAAUCACCAACUAAACGGGACAAAUUGAAACCUUUGACUGAUAUGAAAACUCCUGAUGAACCUAAAUCGCCGUUAGGAGAGGACAAAUUAAAACCUUUGAAAGACAUGAAAUCUCCAGCAGAACCGGAAUCACCAACUAAACGGGAUAAAUUGAAACCUUUGACUGAUAUGAAAUCUCCGAUGAACCAGAAUCACCAACUAAACGGGACAAAUUGA